CUUUCCCAAAGGUGCGGGCGCCUUGCCGCGCCCCAGGCCGCCGCGAUGCCGUUCCUGCACGGCUUCCGGAGGAUCAUCUUCGAGUACCAGCCGCUGGUGGAUGCGAUUCUGGGCUCCCUGGGGAUCCAGGACCCCGAGCGGCAGGAGCCCCUGGACGGGCCCGGUUAUGUUGCCAGCGAGGAGAGCCGAAUCCUUGUUCUCACUGAGCUGCUGGAGAGAAAGGCCCACUCUCCAUUUUACCAGGAAGGCGUGAGCAGUGCCCUGCUGAGGAUGGCGGAGCUGGGGCUGACCCGGGCGGCCGCCGUUCUCCUGCGCAGCGGGGCCAGCCUCAACUUCGAAGACCCUGUCACGUACUACACGGCCCUGCACAUUGCCGUCCUGCGAAACCAGCCGGACAUGGUGGAGCUGCUGGUGCGCCACGGGGCUGACAUUAACCGGAGGGACCGGAUCCAUGAGAGCAGCCCCUUGGACCUGGCCAGUGAGGAGCCCGAGCGCCUGCCCUGCCUGCAGCGCCUCCUGGACCUCGGAGCAGAUGUCAAUGCGGCUGACAAGCAUGGAAAGACCGCUCUGCUCCACGCCUUGGCCAGCAGCGACGGCGUGCAGAUCUACAACACUGAGAACAUCCGGCUCCUGCUGGAAGGAGGGGCAGAUGUCAAGGCCACCACCAAAGAUGGGGACACGGUGUUCACCUGCAUCAUCUUCCUGCUUGGGGAGACCGUGGGAGGGGACAAAGAGGAGGCCCAGAUGAUCAGCCGCUUCUGCUUCCAAGUCACACAGCUGCUGCUGGCGCACGGGGCCGACCCCAGCGAGUGCCCGGCCCACGAGUCCCUCACACACAUCUGCCUCAAGGGCUUCAAACUGCACUUCCCGCUCCUGCGCUUCUUGCUGGAGUCCGGAGCUGCCUAUAACUGCUCGCUGCACGGGGCGUCCUGCUGGUCCGGCUUCCACAUCAUCUUUGAGAGGCUCUGCUCCCACCCGGGCUGUGCGGAAGACGACAGCCACGUGGACCUCCUGCGCAAAGCCGAGACCGUCCUGGAUCUCAUGGUGACCAAUUCCCAGAAACUUCAGCUGCCUGAAAACUUCGAUAUCCAUCCCGUGGGCAGCCUGGCAGAAAAGAUCCAGGCCCUUCACUUCUCCCUGAGGCAGCUGGAGAGCUACCCUCCAUCCCUCAAGCACCUGUGUCGCGUCUACAUCCGGCUCUAUCUUCAGCCCUGGCCCGUGGAUGUGAAGGUCAAAGCCCUGCCUCUGCCCGACAGGCUGAAGUGGUACCUCCUUAGUGAGCACAGCGGUACCACUGACGAGGACAUCUGACCACCCCCGGACCGAGAGAGCAGGGUCUGCGCGGCUCAGCCUGCUGGCGGAUUUUGGCACCUGCGGCAGCCUUAGGGGAGAACCUUCUGGCCUUCCGUCGGAAGGUAGAGGUUGGGAGAUGAAACUUGAUCCUACUGUGUACCAGGAAAGCCAGGUGGAGCCCA